AUGGCUCCAGCAUGUUCUAACCCGCUCAAAGCAGAUGAUGAACAUCUUCGUGGCAACACUUUACAAGCGUAUGCCUACCAGCCUUUAUUAUCCCGGCAUAUACGUCUACUUGGCAUCGAAGACAGUGAAGAGCUCCACAUCAUUCAUGUUUCGUUAAAUUCCGCUCCAGCAUACACUGCGUUAUCGUAUACAUGGAACGGCGAGCUGGUUGAUCAGCCCAUCACCGUCGACAGAUCUAGUCUUAAAGUGAUCAACAACUUCCGUGUCGCGCUACCUCAUCUGAUAAAGGCUGCAAAGACUCAGUAUCUUUGGGUAGAUGGUCUGUGUAUCAACCAAGAAGAUGAUAGAGAGAAGGCGGUUCAGGUUCCUCUUAUGCAAGAAAUUUACGCGUCGUGUAGUGAGUGUCUUAUCUGGCUAGGGAAGAGUACACCAGAAGGCGAGACCGCUUUUGAUGCCAUACCGAGAAUCCGCCGGAACCUACAGCUCUACGAUGCCUCACGGGUCUGGGACAUGGAAGGAAUUGGACUGAAAUCUCCAGGGACGAUAGACUCUUCGCUUUGGAAAGGCCUCACAGAUAUCUUUUCUCGACCCUGGUUCAAGCGUAUCUGGACUUUUCAAGAGGCAGUUAUUCCCCCUGAGAUCUUCUUGCUCUUCGGCGACAGAGUUCUAGCUUUCGACGACAUAGUCCCAUUAGCAGAUCCCUUGCUGACUCAUUUCACCUCCCUUCAAUAUUUUCAUGCGAAUGACGGAUCUUUGAAAGGCCAAAGCCUCUGGGUUGCAUUCGUGAAAACAAUGCAUAUUCAUAAGUCUAGAACCUCCGGUUCUAGAUUCCAGAAUUGCUUUAAUACUCUUCGAAUGCUAUAUUUCACUCGACCUUGGCAUUCAACCAAUCCUUUAGACAAGAUCUACGGAUUGCUUGGACUGACUGAUCCCUCCUUACCAAUGUUCCUGACAGUAGAUUAUUCAAAAUCUGCUAUCCAAGUCUCUAUUGAGAUUUCCAAAUGGUACCUCGAACACGGUGGAGAUCUAUUUAUCCUGAAUCUAGCAAGUUCCUUGAGAUACACCGACCUCGUGUAUAGUGGUUUACCUUCAUGGGCACCAUUUUUUGGAAAUUUGGGUUCCCAUUGGUGUAUUGGAGUAAUUUGGCAAAGAUUUCGUACCGGUGUAAGCGAUAGUCGUCAGAUGAAACCUGCUACUACCACUACGGAGCAGAAGUUGCACGUUCGAGGCCUCCGCGUCGAUGAAGUAUCUCACAUUGUGCCAUGUAUCGGCGGAAAAUAUAAGACACAAGCUGAAAAAUGUUAA